GUAGAGACGAAGUAGUUGGAGGAAAAGAAACGAGAAGUUUGUGAUGGAAGGGAAUAAGCGGAAGCAGAUCAUGUCCAGACGAAACCAGGUUAAGGAGACAACAUUACUUGUUGUUGUGGGUGACUGGGAGUCUUCAGUUGAUGGAUGUUGGAAGUUUGUUCUCGAGCAAAACUGUGUAGCACAAUAUGUUAUGGUAGGUGACGGCAUAACCUACAAGGCACUGAAAAGUCUCAUAGAGCAGGAGUUUCAAAACGAUGUUGAAGGAGUCGUCCGCAGGUUAUCAUACUGCCCACCCGCUGAAAUGUCAAUGUUUUCGUCAGGGAAAACACCACUUGUGACAAUUAACACUGACACUGGCGUGGAGACCUUUUUCCAAGUGAGAGCUGCGACUAAAUCUCUUAACUUUUUAGUGACUUUUGAAAUUAAGGCUGGACCAGAGGCUCCAGGAAGAACUGCAAAUGCAAUUGCAGCUGGACAAUCCAUGAUCCGACUUGAUGACGGGACCCCAUCUCUAAGCAGGCAAGAAGAGCAUGACAUAAAUUCCUCUGCUAUUGAUCUAAAUAGCAUUUACGAUGCGGAGAUGGUUGCGCAGUUGGAUAUUGUGGAAGCAAUGGCUAAAGAAGCACAGGGUUUGAAGAGUAGCAAAGGUAAAGAGAAGUUGACUGUUGUUGGAAAUUUCAGAGAAGAGGACAGUGGGAGUGAGGAGUGGGGCUUAUAUCCGAGUAGAGAAGACCAAGAGCUGGAGUUCAAUUAUUGGAAUGCAGUGGUGAACAAAGAGUGCCGUGGCUUGCAUGGUGGGAUAGUAUUGGAGCAGGGAGAAUCGUCAACUGCAGUAAGACUUGUGACUCUGCCGGAGAGUGUGGCUGAAGUGUUUGAAACAGAAGAAGAUAUUCCGGCGGUGAUACAUAAUGGGUAUCCGGGAGUUCCAUUACCAGAAGAUGAGUGUUUACUUGCAGAAGCAGCGAAGAAUAUCUGGGCAUUAGCCAACGCCGAAGAUGAAGCUAACGACGCCGAACAAAUUCCAUAUUCGUCCUUCGUCGUCGAUACGUCUUUGCCUCUUCCUCUCAUGAUUCCUCGUAUCAUAGAGUUGUGUAAAGAUCUGUUCAAGAAUUGGCGAGAUCUUGAUGAUUCACUCUUCUCUGUUGAGAGAGUAUCUGGAGGCAUCACAAAUCUAUUGCUCAAGGUUUCGGUGAAGGAAGGCACUGAUAGAGAAGUAUCGGUAACAGUGCGACUUUAUGGGCCUAACACGCAGUAUGUUAUUAACCGGGAGAGAGAGAUACUGGCUAUCAAGUAUCUCUCGGCUGCCGGAUUUGGUGCCAAGUUGCUUGGUGGAUUUGGAAAUGGCAUGGUGCAAUCAUUCAUCUAUGCAAGAACCUUAGAGCCAUCAGACAUGAGAGAACCAAAGAUUGCUGCGGAAAUUGCCAAAGAACUUGGAAAGUUUCAUAAAGUGGACAUACCAGGUUCCAAGGAACCUCAGCUGUGGGUUGAUAUCUUCAAGUUCUAUGAAAAAGCAUCUACUCUUAGGUUUGAAGAGCCUGACAAGCAGAAGCUCUUUGAGACAAUUUCGUUUGAAGAACUGCAUAAAGAAAUUAUUGAGCUCAGGGAAUUCACAGGCUUACUUAACGCACCUGUGGUGUUUGCUCAUAACGAUUUACUAUCAGGAAACCUCAUGCUGAAUGAUGAAGAAGAGAAACUAUACUUGAUUGAUUUCGAGUAUGGAUCAUACAACUAUAGAGGCUUCGACAUCGGAAAUCACUUCAAUGAAUAUGCAGGAUACGACUGUGAUUACAGCCUGUACCCAAGUAAAGAAGAACAAUAUCAUUUCAUCAAGCAUUACUUACACCCAGACAAACCAGAUGAGGUCAGUAUCGCUGAAGUAGAAUCAGUCUUCGUAGAGACAGAUGCGUAUAAAUUAGCAUCUCAUUUGUACUGGGCAAUAUGGGCUAUCAUCCAGGCAAGGAUGUCUCCCAUUGAGUUUGAAUAUUUGGGUUACUUCUUUUUGCGGUACAAUGAAUACAAGAAGCAGAAGCCACUUACCUUUUCACUUGUUACAUCUCACCUGUCUGCAUCGAUGUAGCCUUUGACCAAAAUGGUUAAAUCUUUGUUUAUUUUUUGUCCUGUUGUUAUCAAUUCUUGUAAAAUUUGUUUGUGUUGUUUGUUAGUAAACUUUGUAUGGUUUGUAUGAAUGAACUUGAUUUGUGGAA